AUAAACAUUCCUUUUACAUUGCAUCUCCCAUCUAGUCAGUUUUUAACGUUGCUUUACCAUUUUUUUUCCUUUUUUGUCAAUCCUGCUCGUACUUUCUUUGGAAGUCUACUGUCUACGACUGUCUUCCACAUUGAUUCUAGUCAUAUACGUGCUGUGAAGAAAGAUUCAACGAUUUGUUCGCCUCUUUUUUUUUUUUUUUAAAAAACACAUCGAACUCAAUUUGUAAUUUUCAUGUCGUAUUUGCUAAGUAAUUUUGGUCUUACGAGGUUUUGGUGUCGUGAAAUAUUACGAAGACCUGACGAUAUUUUUCGUGAUAUUGAAUUUUGCCAUCCAAUUACUCGAGAACGAAGUACCAGCGUGUUACAUUUGACCUGCAUUCAAUAUGGAUGAAAGCUGUGUACUUCUAUCAACCCCUGUUCCAAAACUACGAGAAAUAACAUCUUUUCACAUCGCUUCGAGAUUAUGGCGUCUCAACUGGAUCCAUUACAAAUUUACUUCGACUCGAUCCGAUCUCAAGGGUUUAUUCGGCGAUAAACUCGAUAUAAUUGCAUCGAUUUUGGAUAAAAUAGACUUGUCAGAUUCGAAUAAAAAAAUAAUCAUGACACACGUAUACUCGAUCGUUAUGAAUCUAGGUUGCUGGACAUGGUCGGAGGAAAACACUUGUUACGCUGUUAGCGAUCGAGAUGAGAACGCAUUCGUAUAUUUUCCACGUUUCUACGAUCACAUAGUCUGGCAACAGAAAGAUUUCACCAUCGACGUCAAAGAAACAGUGGCCAACAUGUUGCUAUAUGAAUACGAAUUCAACGAUUUACAAAGAUUCAAGUUAGCUUGCUCGUACUGCUUCGAAGAUGUGAUCGAUGAUCUGUGGCCAACAGUUACGUCGGAUUGCAAACCAGAUGUGAUAUCUUUGAUUAGUAGUCGAUUCGUUAGAUACUGGAUCGAACGUAAGAAAACCGGAGGUGUUGGUCGAAAUUUAUACGACGAAGUGAGCAUUAUCAAAUCGCUAUCAGAGAGUAAUCUUCCCGCUUACGAGUACUUCUGGAACCGAUUGAACGAUUUCCAACAAAUGGAGGUAGUUUUACAUUUCGUCAAAUGCGAUUUCAAAUUCCCUUACGAGUAUAUAUUUCCUAGGCUGACUCAGCAUCAAUGGAUUGAUUUAGUGAACGAGAAAACUGAUAACAUUAUGUUCUACAUGAUGCGGAAAUAUUCCACUGACGGUCGUAAAACCGAGAAUAUUCUUCGAGUAUGGGAUCACGUAUGCGAUAUGAUGGAUACCGAUGUAUUCAUAUUGAUGAUGUGGAUAUGCAUCGAGCACGACUGUAAACCUGAUAAGAAUUGCUUACACAAGAAAAUUUGGAAUAAUGCUCCGGAUCAUUUGAGAGAAGCUAUGCUUCACGAAUUAUUCGAUAUCAAAUGCGAAGCUUUGAGCGAAUCACCCAGCGCAGCGGAAUUUUUCCAGAGUGCUUUACGUUCGGUACGGUUUGAUAGAAAGUGCCAGUAUUUGCGAAAGCUGAUGCCUUUGUUGACGCUGAAUUAUACGUCGAGUGAUUUGAGUAAUUUAUUGCGGUGGUGUUUUACUAAUAAGGAGAUUGAUAGGUUUUACGCUAAAACCAGUCUCAGUCUGGGUAAAGUUAGUAAAGUCAGUAAAGUGAAGUCUAGGUCUAGGAAGAAGUUGAAGUGAAUGCAGUUGAAGAAAAGUCUUACCUUUCCUAUGUAUCUUACCUGGAAUUAUCUGUACUGAGAACUGAGACGAAGCCGAAAGGUGUAGUUUUGCUUUUGAGAAAUGUAAUGUUGCCCAGUGACUAUUUUUCCUCCGUUCUUUUUCUGCUUGUGAUGGAGACAUGACUUUGACUUACCUACAAUUAGUUGCUGAUUUUGUUAUAUGUCAUCUGCGACGGUCAUCUGAGAUCUCUGUAAUAUUAUGACUGUAUUCGUGUUUUUUGAGCAAUUUUAGAAUUAAUUUGGACCAUAUUUUAUUUUAUUUUUUUAAAAGAGAUUAUUUUACUCUGAAUUGGCAUGACGUUGAAUAUUUUUAUUCGAGAGAGAAAAAAAUCAUUAUUAAGGUACCUAGUUUGUUACGUACCUAAUUACCCAUACCUACUUACCUUUUUUCUCAAAAAUAUUUUAUACGAAUUAUUUCUUUCGAACAUGAGAAUGUAUUUCAUAUUACCUAAUACCUACGUUACAUUUAUUAUAAUUAUGUACCAGUCUACUCGUAAGUCCCUAAUGCCUUUAUUUUGGCCUAGUUUGCCUGUUGAUAUGUUUUUUUUUCUUCUGUUGAAGUCCUUUGAUAGUGAGAGUAACAUAUUGUUAUAUUUCUUCUACUCGAAAUAUUGUGUUCUUUUUUUAUGUGAGAUGAAUUGUAUGACGUAAUUUAGUUAAUCCGCCUUUUGUAAUUUUGUGAUAUUAAAAUAUUAAAAGAGCUGAAUUAU